AGUGCCCAAUGAUUUUACCACCCGGCGCCACAGAGAUCUCUAGCUCCUCUGCGGCAAUACGCUGUCAUUACACACGUUAUUUGUCACAUUUUACAAACUCCAAGACAAAUACUCCUGAAUAUAGAGUUUAUAUAUCUAAUACAACUAGUGUACUUCUUCAUAGAACCGCUAAAGACUCUUCUUGGAGCCUGAAAAGCCAACAGGACAAUGGCAGAUCAGCUGACUGAGGAGCAGAUUGCUGAAUUUAAGGAGGCCUUUUCACUCUUCGACAAAGAUGGUGAUGGCACCAUCACCACAAAAGAGUUGGGGACAGUCAUGCGGUCUCUUGGACAGAAUCCCACUGAGGCGGAGCUGCAAGACAUGAUCAAUGAGGUGGAUGCUGAUGGUAACGGUACUAUUGACUUCCCUGAGUUUCUGACCAUGAUGGCGAGGAAGAUGAAAGACACAGACAGUGAGGAGGAGAUCAGAGAAGCUUUCAGAGUCUUUGACAAGGAUGGAAAUGGUUACAUCAGCGCUGCAGAACUACGGCAUGUUAUGACCAAUCUCGGGGAAAAGCUGACUGACGAAGAGGUGGACGAAAUGAUCCGUGAGGCUGAUAUCGAUGGGGAUGGUCAGGUCAAUUAUGAAGAGUUUGUCCAAAUGAUGACCGCCAAGUGAGAAGAACAUUGGCGUUUCUCUCCAUGUUGCUUGUCCUCUCAAGAUUGUCUUUUAAAACAAAAAGGACCCCUAACAUUUACAAGUUUGUGCAAUUUAUCUUUUACAGCUAAUUUUAAGGUCUCUGUUUAGCAAACAACAGAAUAGGGAAACAAAUGGACCAAGUUUUAAGAGGGUUGAAGCCCUGUACUUCAGACCAAGAUUCUCCUGAAUUAUUUAGAGGAAAUAGCAGCUGAAAAGACAGAGAAAGACCCAGGCCACAGUUCUUAGAGAACAACUGGUCAUCCACCUCUUUGCAAUAUCAAUACAGAAUAUAGACUUUGUUGCACUAGUGGCAGUAGUGAUUCUCCUCAUCCUAAAUUGGGUUCUUGUACUGUUCUUGCAUGCACCUUUUCUGUGACGGUCUCUUGUCACGAGGUGGUCUGGAGCCCGUCAGAACUAGUGGUCAGAUUGUGUACACUCUGCAGGUAUAUACAUUACUAUAUAGCUAUAUCUGUAAAAUACAUCUAACUAUUGAGUGUUGCAAGAGCAAAUAUGUUUUAGGGUGUUUGUGGGUGCUCAGUUGAAAGUGAGCACUGUUUGGGCAGACCCAUAUCUGCACAGUGCUGUCUGCCAUUCCCUCUGUGGGAUGUUUUCUGGCUUCUUGUUGAGUGUUGGGUUUUGGAUGUUGCAGCACUAAUUGGAGGCAGUGUCAGUGAGUUGUGUCAGGGUGUUUGUUGUGGAAACAAACCAGGACUGCAGUUAAUACUUUUGUUCUGCAAACACAUAUCCUAAUAAUAUAAUAUUGAUGUACUGCUUUAUAACUGUGUUCUAAAUAUACUAUCUGUUCAUGACAAACUUUGGUCACAGUAUACAUCUUGAUAUAUUAGUGUAUUGUAAAGUUUGCCUGUUGUAGUAAAAUAAUACCUGUGAUCAGUUUUUCUUUAGUUUUGAAAUGUGCCAUAAUCCUCAGAAAUGUCUCAAUAUUCUGCAGGACCUGUAGUUCACUUAAAUAUUAUAAAUAAAAUCCAGUAAAACAUUCUUUUGCACUAUGAGCUAAAUGUAUAUUAAUAUGGUUUUGUCCUAAAAUACUUUACUAUUGCCCUUGAGGUAACUCUUCAUAUAUAUUUUUUAAUAUAUAUAUAUAUUUUGUGUCAAUUUUUUGUCAAGUGACUUUGUCUGCUUGCCGUUUAUUUCUCGAGUCUACUGUCUAAUUUAUUCUGCUGUCCAGGAGGGAUCUUUGGGCUAUGCAGUAGAUAUGGGGUUGCAGAGAAGUUCAGCAUUACAGAUAUCGGCCAUUAUAUUGUAAACCAAAUGUUGGCUAGUAGGCUCACAGUGUGGGAGACUAUUUGAAAGUAAGUUAUUAAGGACUGUUGUAAAGUUAUGGCAGUCUGUAUAUUUUCUAUAUGCACCAAUAAAUUGACUGAGCUAUACUUCACCUACGUAUAUUUCUCCAUCAUGCUUAACCAAAAGUGCAUGUCUUCAAUACUCUGUUACAAGUGUUGCUUUGAAAUGAAUGAAAAUAAAUUAAACUGCGCUGAAAA